GUAAUUGUGUACGUAGAAGAAAGUGAAAAAUACAGGAUUACAGAAAGGAACGAUGUUUCUGUCGUGGCUGUGUCAGGACGACAGCGUUACUAACGUGUCCAGAGCUCUGCCACAAGUGUGGCCAGGUAUGGAUACAUUCACCAUCUUUGCAUCACACGGCCACAAUACUUUCACCACACUAAUGUGGUGUGGCGUCACCAUACUCACCAUUGUGGUGGUGCAGCAAAUAUGGAGCCUCCUCUUCACACCUCUCGACAGAGUAAAGAGAGCGGCUGAUGUCGGCUGGAGUUUCCUGAUAAACGACAAGAACCAAAGUUUCUGGUCUAAAAUAUUCGGGGGACAUCGCAAGCCGCGCGGGCGAGAUGUGGCGGCGAGCGUCCGUAGACUCGAGCAGCUGCGGCGGGCAGGGAGCCUGCCUCCUGUGUACCCCAACGGCUGGUUUGCUGUCGCUGAGAGCCGAGCACUGAAGCCUGGUCAGGUGCGUCAGGUGCAGGCGUUGGGGCAGACGUUAGCGGUGUACCGGGGAGCGGGGGGCGCUGUGUGGGCGCUGGACGCCCACUGCCCCCACCUGGGGGCGGACAUGGCGGUGGGGGGCGCCGUGAAGGGGGACUGCCUUGAGUGCCCCUUCCACGGCUGGCAGUUCCGGGGGCAAGAUGGCGCCUGCACAGUCAUACCUUACGCUAAAAAAAUCCCCGACGUAGCCAAAGUCCGUCACUGGGAGACGCAGGAGACGAACGGCUUCGUCUUCGUGUGGCAUGACGCUGAGGGCAGACCGCCACAGUGGCGCGUGCCUGAAGUGGCGGCUGUGGCGACGAGAGAGUGGCGCUACAGAGGGCGGACGGAGCACGAGGUGCUGGCUCACAUACAGGAGAUCCCUGAGAACGGCGCUGACAUCGCCCACCUCGGCCACCUCCACGUACCCAGCGUCUUCAAGGGGGCAGACCUGUUCUCAGUGUUCUCCAGCAACACGUUCCUGGACGUGGCCAAACACGAGUGGCGUGGGGUCUGGAGCCCCAUGGAGGGGGAAGACUCGCACGUGGCCACCGUCAACAUCGAACACGCCUUCAACCUUAAGCCUGGGGGGUUAAGAUUAUUCAAAAUGACCGUCCAAGCUUUGCAGAUCGGGCCGGGUUUGGUUCACCUUCACCUCAACACGACGCUGGGUAAAGGUGUCCUGGUACAGACCGUCACGCCGCUGGCGCCCCUCAAGCAGAAGAUCGUCCACCACCUCUACUCCGCCCCCACCUUCGUAGCCCCAUUCGCUAAAUUCGUACUGCACUCGGAAGCUUGUCAUCUGGAGCGCGACAUUAUGAUCUGGAACAGCAAGCAGUACAUGAGCCGGCCGCUGCUCGUCGCCGAGGACAAACUCAUCAAGAAAUUCCGCACCUGGUACCGUCAGUUCUACUCACCCAACUCCCCCACCGCCGAGUCCGUGGCCUCCUCAGACCUGGACUGGUGAUGAAUGAGUGGUGAAAUUACGAGAGAGAUACGGCGGUCUGGUUAUGAUGUUAUCUGAAUUAACAACAGAGAUAGGGUGGUCUGGUUGUGACGUAAACUGGAUUAACAACAGAGAUACGGUGGUUUGGUUGUGAUGUAAAGUGGAUUAACAACAGAGAUACGGCGGUCUGGUUAUGAUGUCAUCUUGAUUAACAAGAGAGAUACGACGGUCUGGUUAUGACUUCAUUCUGAAUUAACAACAGAGAUACGACGGCAUGGUUAUGAUGUCAUCUGGAUUAACAACAGAGAUACGACAACAUGGUUAUGAUGUCAUCUGGAUUAACAACAGAGAUAAGGCGGUCUGGUUAUGACGUCAUCUGGUUUAACAACAGAGAUACGGUGGUCUGGUUAUGACGUAAACUGAAUUAACAACAGAGAUACGACGGUCUUGUUAUGACUCCAAAGAGAAUUUAUGACAUGGUUUACGACACAAGACCACAUAAGACCACAUGGCAACAUUUUUAGUGCAAGACCACUGUGGAUUUAUCCAACCCGAGCUUUGGUAAGCUGUUUCGUUGUCAUUGAAUUCUUAAUAGCUAACUUAUUUCCUGAGAACAAUUAGUAAAUUAGCUACAACACCCACCCGGAUUACUUCUACCUUAACAAGUUGAAUCUGCUAUAUAAUUGAGCUACUGUAACUGAUUAAUAUCCUAAUGCUUUUGGGGAAGGUUACUUUGAAUGCGUGAACUCAAAAUAUAGGCUAAUUUACCUUAUAGAGGUUGCCCAUUGCUCAUGUCAUUUUAUUUGUUUGAAGAAUUUCCAUCGUCAUUAAUGCAUUCAAGUUGAAUGAAAAAAAAUUUAUUGACAAUUCUCUGCGAAGAAAAUCGUGAUAAUGAAAAACUUUUGUGAGAAAACAAUAAUAUAUAAUUACUCGCAAAGAAUCCACGGUUCGUAAGUUCCUUCUUUCGUACAUCAACGAGUAAUGCAUGGAAAACAUCGCUCAAAUCUGGCACAACAAUGUUAUCCAACGAUUUUGAAUCUAUCCUGACUGCUUCAUAACCAACUAUACUUAAUGGUUAUAGCGUCUUACGUAAUUAUAUCUCUAGUAUGCGAAGUAGCGAUAACCGCGCAAAAAUGCUCAUUAUAAUAAAUAAGUUUCGUAGAGUUUUCCCAAUGAAAUUAUUUUUACGGAAUUACCUCAUUUUUCGUAACAAUCUACCAACAAAAAAAUAGAUCAGUACUCACUGCAGGGAGUGACAGAGAGCGCAUU